UGCUGCAAAAGUCUAGCUCUUAACUCCUAGCAUUGAUUGAACCAAAAGAAUAUCCGUGCUUUACACGGCGCCAAACUCUCUCAAAAUUCAUCUAAAAGCUCGUCUUUCAGAGGAAAUAACAAUCAGUCGUCACUUUCAUAGCAGUCGUGAUUCAGCUCAGGUAUCAUGGGAUCUCUUCAGAAUUCGAGGCCGAUUCGCAUUCAGAACAUCUCUGGCUCGCCAGUAGAUCGCCGAGACGCUUUAUAUCGCGCUGUAACAUCAUCUGAGCCGAUCGAUGUCUUCGUUGGUGACUGGAUGUCUGAAUUGAAUAUGCCAAUGCGUGCCUUUGCAAUGGCAACGGAGGGCGAGAGUGCUAUAGGGUACGAGCCGUCGUAUAUCGAGUCCCUUGAGCCGGCUUUACCAGCAUUGGCCCAAAAAAGAGUAAAGUUUGUGGCAAAUGGUGGGUGUGUCGCAGCAAAGGAGUUGUUCGACAUAGUUGUUCAGAUGGUUGUGCACAAGGGACUUGACCUCAACGUCGCCUGGAUUGAAGGCGACAUUGUAACCGAUUUGAUAAAGUCCGCGGAUCCUUCGAAACAAGUCAGCAUCUGCACGGGACAAACACUUGCAGACUGGCCAUAUGAACCACUAUUCGGUCAAUGUUAUCUUGGUGGGUGGGCCAUUGCAAAGGCUCUCGAAGCUGGAGCAGAUAUAGUGAUAUGCGGUCGCUGCGCGGAUGCGUCACCAAUAAUCGGUGCUGCUGCAUGGUGGCACAAUUGGCAACGGACAGACUUCGAUUACCUGGCGUCCAGUUUAAUAGCGGGCCAUUUGAUUGAAUGUUCGACUUACGUGACGGGUGGAAACUAUACAGGCUUCAAAAGCAUGGACUGGUCAAGCAUACAUGAUCUAGGCUACCCGAUCGCAGAGAUCUCCCAUGAUGGAGAUGUAGUCAUAACUAAACCAGAUCAUACUGGUGGUCUUGUCACCCCAGUCACUUGCAGUGAGCAACUCUUAUACGAAAUUCAGGGUAAAUACUAUCUCAACAGCGACGUCACAGCAGUUAUCGACAAUGUUCAGUUUACCAAAAUUGGCAAAGACCGUGUCCGUAUGUCAGGAGUUACCGGCUUACCACCCCCGGCCACGACGAAGGCAGGCGUGACUGCUCUUGGUGGCUAUAGAGUCGAGAUGAAUUGGGCUCUAGUUGGCCUGGAUAUAAACGAAAAGAAAAAAUUGUUUGAGGUACAGCUUCGACACAGUCUUGGAAAGGAACGGCUCGCCAAGCUUUCCUGCCUCGAUUUGACAGUCUAUGGCUCGGUUGAGGAGAAUCCAAAGAGCCAAAAUGCGGCCACGGUCGACAUGAGGCUUGUUGUACAGUCGAGAGACUACGAUGCCGUGUCUGAAAAAAACCUGGCGGGUCCCGUCUUCUCAUUUAUAAUGCAGACCUUUCCUGCAGCGACAUAUACGAACAAGAGCAUCACGCCAAAAGCAUUUCAGGAGUACUUCCCAACCUUGAUACCUCAGCCAACAGUAACUGUGCACUUCUCAAAAUCUUCAAUGCAAGACAUCACAGUUUUACCGCCGACUACAACACUUUCUGAGCCUAUGGUGCAGCCAGACUACGGACCGACAGAUGCCGCAGAUUUGUGGACAUUCGGCCCUACUGCAAGGGCGCCACUUGGACGAAUCGUACAUGCUCGAGCAGGAGAUAAGGGAUCCAACUGCAACGUUGGGUUCUUUCCAGCACACCCAGAGGCCUGGCCAUGGCUUCGAUCGUUCCUAUCGACGCCAAGGCUUAUCGAGCUUAUAGGUGACGACUACAAGGGUCAAAAAAUUGAUCGAAUGGAAUUUCCGAAGAUCAAUGCGGUUCAUUUUCUGCUUCACGACUGGUUGGAUAGAGGUGUCGUUGCCAAUGCCUCGUACGAUAUAUUAGGAAAGUUCAUAUCGGAGUACAUUCGCUGCAAAGUGGUGGAUAUUCCCGAAAAAUUUCUUGCCAUGGGCACUAUCUAAGUUCAACUUUUCUGUGGCGGUGCUCUUUUUGCAAUUUAAAAUAGAUCUGACUCUUGU